AUGGCUCGUUCAGGCGAUGAUGCGCGCUACCGUUGUCAUGGUUACCGUAAACAAACUGCAGCGCACGCGGCUCGACCACCGUCACUUCUCAAACCAACGUUCACUUCCCGAGUUUCAGAGAAUUUAACGUCCAGUUUUCUCUAUUUCUCCACAGUGAAGGCCAAAAACAUGUCGGAUGCAGGAUCUGAAGAUUUGGAAAACGAGCAAAAUACACUUGGGGAGUAUGAAGGCGAGCGGAAUGAAGCAGGAGAGCGACACGGCUCUGGGAGAGCGGUGCUUCCAAACGGAGACGUGUACGAAGGCCAGUACCAGAACGGACAACGACACGGACAGGGCACCUACCGCUUCAAGAAGGGAGCCAAGUAUGUGGGGAACUAUGUGCACAAUAUGAAAGACGGAGAGGGCUCCUUCUACUACCCAGACGGCUCCAAGUACGAAGGGUCCUGGGUGAAAGACAUGAGGCACGGCCAUGGCAUCUACACCUACUCCAACGGAGACACGCACGAGGGCCAGUGGCACCAGCACGAACGGCACGGCCAGGGCACCUACCACUACCACAGCACAGGCUCCAUGUACAGAGGCUCCUGGGACAACGGGCGAAUGGAGGGAGAGGGAGAGUAUGUCCACUCCAACCACAGAUACCAGGGCGGCUUCGUCCGGAACGCUCCCACAGGUCCUGGGAAGUAUGUGUUUGAUCUGAACUGUGAGCAGCACGGAGAGUUCAUCCAAGUGGAGCAGGACAAAGCACCAGGGGAGUGGGACGACAUCGGGCCGCGCACAGAUGUCCUCUGGAUCCCAAAGUACAUCAGCGGGACGUCCCACAACAGGAAUACAGCAGCUUUGAAGGACCUGAGGACCCUGGUGCUGAAGACCCUGGUGCUGAGGACCCUGGUGCUGAAGACCCUGGUGCUGAGGACCCUGGUGCUGAAGACCCUGGUGCUGAGGAUUCUGGUGCUGAAGACCCUGGUGCUGAGGACCCCGGUGCUUGGCGGUGCCGCUGUCACCGUGGCGUGUGGCUCUGUGCUCCUCCAUGUGAGCUCUGGACACAGGCUCUUCUUCCUCCGCUGCCCUCUUCUCACCCCGGCAGCGGGCAGAACCAUGUCCGCCCUGCCGCUCUUCAGCUUCGGGGUGAUCGCGGACAUCCAGUACGCAGACGCGGAGGUCGGCUGUAACUUCGCCGGGACUCGGACUCGCUACUACCGCCACAGCCUGCGUGUGCUGCGGGAGGCUCUGCAGCUGUGGGCCCGGGCUCCGCGGCGGCCUGACUUUGUGCUCCAGCUGGGAGACAUCAUAGACGGGUUGAAUGCUCAGCAGCAGCAGUCGGGGUCCUCCUCUUCCUCCUCCUCCUCCUCCUCCAGCUCUCACAGCGCUCUGGACACGGUGCUCCGGGAGUUCCGCCUCAGUCCCGCGGGGAAAGAGGUGUUCCAUGUGUGGGGGAACCAUGAGCUCUAUAACUUCAGCAGAGAGGAGCUGAUGGUCUCCGAGCUCAACAGUACUCUCCACGUGGACAUGCCGCUGGGAGAGCCGCGGCCCUCGGGGGACAUCUGCGCCUACAGCUUCCGCCCGCACCCCGGUUUCCUGAUGGUGGUGCUGGACGCCUACGACCUGAGCCUGCUGGGAGUUAAGGACAGCAGCCUGCGCUACCAGAGAGCCCUGCGUCUGCUCCAGCAACACAACAGCAACGCAGACCUCAACUGUCCUCCCACGCCCACCGAGGCGGACUGCUUCUUGCAAAGAUACACCAAGUUUAACGGAGGCUUCAGUCAGGAGCAGCUGGACUGGUUGGACUCACUUUUGACCGCUGCAGAUGACGAGCAGGAGAAAGUCACCAUCGUCAGCCAUGUGCCUGUGCACCCCGCCUCCACAGAGCCGGUGUGUCUGGCCUGGAACCAUGCGGCCGUGCUGUCCUUGCUGCGCUCUCACCCCUGUGUGGUGCUCUUCAUGGCGGGACACGAUCACGACGGCGGUUACCACCAGGACGGCGGCGUGCACCACCUGACCCUGGAGGGCGUGGUGGAGAGCCCGCCGGGCAGCGUGGCCUUUGGGACCGUGAGCGUGUUCCGGGACCGGAUGGAGCUGGAGGGACAGGGCAGGACGACCAGCAGAGUCCUGCGCUUUGACUGA